AUGCUAGACCCUGUAGCGACAAUUUUGGCCAAUGACCUUUCUCGACUGUGUGUGCACCGUCAGGAGGACUACGACCUUCUUGUACACAUCUAUCGUCGUCGUAUAGCAGAGGAACUUUUACCAGAGCGCUCUGAUGUAUACUAUGCUUUGCUAUCUGAGGAGCUAUGCAAACGUGAACGUUGGCAUCGCCAGUGUGAAGAUGCAGUGGUUGACAAAGUGACUUCGUGGAACAAAGGCGUCAUUGAGAAUCAGAAGGCUCUAGAGCAGGCUUAUGCGGAAUUGGGCUCCUUUCAAUCAUUAUGGUGUGAGUGUAUACAGAAUACCUAUCAGUUAUGUAGAAGUGAUCUCGAAAGCAGUCCCUUUGCCCAACUAGAAUCCAGUAGAAUGCUUUACAAUAGCAGUAAAAAUUCUAUUGCCUCUAUUGUACACGAGAAGCUUUUCCAACGCGACAAGCCCGAUGAUUUUCCUUCCCCUAGCAUUAAGGAAAGGUUGAAUGCGUUGUACCCAACUUCUCCAAAGUGUUACCCUUCUCAUAGCGAUAGUAGUGAUGAAACAUCGAAUAAAACAGACAACUCUAUGCUGGAAGUUGAACGCAGGCUUUCAGAGAUAGGAACGAGGACGCGCGACCGCCUUUUUCGACGCCGUCGUGAGUUCCUGUGCUUCUUCGUGAUAUGGCUGCAUACAGUGCGGCAGAAGUGUACCAUAGAGGAGAUGCCCAUCCUCAAGCACCUCCCUGCUAUCGCGGUAGAGGAACUUCUACGAGACGAGCGCAGGCGUCUAGAGGAUAUGUUGGCAAGGGUAAAAAGCUUUCUCUAG